AUGGCGGUGAUUUUUGCCUGUCGAGUGUCACGUUGCUUUUAUCGACACUUUUCCCGUCAUCUUUUAGUAAACAGCAUUUUUCGUUCUACAAGUUAUUUACCACAAACUAGAAUAAUCUUAUAUUGUAAAAGAUCUCUUUGCGGUGACGCACGGAAUAAUGCCUCUAAACUGGGCUUGAUUGAACAGAGUUCCAAGUUUCAACUUGUUUUUACGUGCAAAGUAUGCGACACACGAUCAAGGAAGGUUAUCAGUAAACAAGCUUAUACCAAAGGAGUGGUUAUCGUCAAAUGCCCUGGCUGUAACAAUAAUCACUUGAUAGCUGAUAACCUAGGAUGGUUUUUCGAUGACAAAAGGUAAGAGUAAUUUGCAAAACUUGUUCUUUUUUUUAUAACUAUCAGCAGAACUGGUGCUUUCAUGGCAUCGUUUUUGCUACAACUUUUAACAAUUUUCGGUUGGUAUGUAUAGACAAUUAUAGCAAUGGGCCAAACAAAACUUUCCACUGCAAGACCAAGCAUCACUUAUGUGGCACAUUCUGAAUCGAAGCCAGAAUACGCGUACUGUAUACAUGGACUGUAUUACAAAAAAUAAUUAACAAUUGUUCUUUGAAAUCGAGGUGAAUAGUGACUAAAUAUUUACCGAACCGCGAAAGCGGCGAGGUAAACAUUCCUUACGCCACUAUUCUCCGAGAUUGAAAAGAAUAAUUGUUUUCUAAAGUAAAUACACACGAAGUGAUCUCAACAAACCAUUAAGUACGAUUUGAUUGACAGAUCAAAUCACCCGAAAGUUUAAAAAUAGAUCUUUGUAGAAUUUUUAAACAUGGCAAUUCACAAGUUUAUCGUUUUGCAAACAACAGCGUAAUGGCUUUAAUGGAACCGUUAAAAGUUUGAAUUGUUUCCUUACCUGAGAAGAAAAGAAGAAAUUUGUUGUUUUCUGUUGACUUGUCAAGUUUAUAGCCAGAAAGGUUUGUUGUGUCGUUCUUCGCAUGAAGUGUUGACAAAAAAUUAUGACGGCUCGGUUCCUCGAGGUAAUACGUCGUCUUCAUGUUGCAUUCUUUGUCCUAUUUACUUGAAACGUGGAAUUUCUGCAAACAUUUGCUUUCAAAUUUGUUUGUCAUAACUAAACUUCGAUUUUUGGGCCAAAUGUUUCCUGUUAGGAAACGCUGAGUUCACGAAACGGCCUCUUCUACGUGAAUAAACGGGAGCUGUCAACAAUCCAUCGACCACAAAACUCAGUUACAGUAAAUGGAAAAACGCCCUUUUGAAUCCUUCGAAGACUUUUCUUGCCUAAAAAAGGUCAACCUUAAGAUUUUGUCGACCACCGAAACGUCGGCUUUUAACGUUAAUAUUCGCUUGCUUAUGUUUUAAAAGAUCGUUCUCUCACUUGCUAGGAGGUGAAUAUUGUUGAAUAGUCCGAGAUAGCGAACCAAUCAGAUUGCUUAAAUCACCAAGAUUACUGAGUGUGUAUAUACUAAUAAGCUUUAUACUACUACGUGAGAAAUUUCUGCAAUUUGAUUGGCUUAGAGCAGUGGUAUUUCAGCUUAAUUUGAAAUACCUACAUGUGAAAAUUACAAACCUUUAGUAUGAAGAAAUAAUAGCAUGGUUUGUAUGUGAAAUUUGGUAUGAAUACCACUAGUGAUAUUUCAAAAUUGUCUCAAAUUUCAUUCGCCUUAUGGCUCGGGAAAUUACGAAUAACAUUUUUGAAAUAUCACUCGUGGUAUGUACGCUAAACAUCACAUCAUGCUAUUACCUAUACUAAUUGGUUGUGUUGAAGAAUUUUUUUGUACACUUUGUAAUAUGAUGUCCCAACUUAUCAGAAGAAUCUCCACUCUGUCAAAUGUACAGUACAUGUACAGUAUACAUCAACACAAAAGAUCUCCUCUGAAAAUUAAAUUUGGUGCUGCUGCAUGUGAUCAGUCAUGUUGUAUGGAUGGAACAUCAUCCUGAUACUGAGUCAUACUGCACAUGAUAUAUUGGCAUCAAAGUUACUUCAUGGAUCUUCUGUUAGUCAGGUGUAGUAAUUAUUCACAGGGUUUAAGCAAUCUGUUAUGCUUCAUGUAGUGCUCAAAUUUAUCAAUGAAGUACAUUUUGAUGUCUCAGAAAACACAAAGAUAGGGGUUAUCCUCUCUUAUAACCCUACAAAGUCAUGUUGUUGUAAAAAGUUGUGGAAUUUUACAAUCAGUUAUUGAUUUUGCUAAAUAAUGCAUUCAUGUACAUGGAUUAUUUUUGUGAAUAGCAUUUUUGGUAUUUAAAAAUAUAUCUUCUGGAAAAUAUACAUGUAGCAGUUUUGGAGCCGUUAAAUAAGUUAAUUUGGUCACACUUCACUAUUUUUACCGGACUUUAACGCUUUCGCUUGGAGGCUGCCAAAAGGAACCCAAGCCAAUUCUCAGGUAUGCUUUAGAUGAAUGUCUAAAUGUGUGAAUAAACGAGGACCGGGAAAAUUUGGAGCCAUACCACAUGAAAAACAAUGCCGCAGAAAACAACCAUUAAAUUAAAGUUUUUGUCACCGUAAAUACCUGUUCUUCGUUUCUGAAUUAUGUUAGCUCAACGAGUCUUGAUGUUGCUUUGAAAGUAUCUUCUAGUGAAAGAAGAAGCAUUGUUCUAUUGAUGGAAAGUAUCCAAAUUUCUCCUUGCGGCUUUAUUUGCGAACGCGAGGAGAGUUGAUGUUAGCAAAUUUCGGGUUGAAAAUACGGCCAUUUUGAGACUCCGAACACGAAAACUGAUAUUCUUACUUUUCUCGAAAAUAAAAGGCUUUUUUGUGAGAGCAACUUCCAUCAGAUUACUUAUCUACCUAAAAGCUAUUUAUGGACAAAAAAUGAAGGCAAUGGAUUUUUCAACUCUUGCCACUCAAUGGUAGAUAUUACCAGACCGUCGCUCUUAAAUCCUUAUCAGGCAUUUGUUGGAAAAAAAAAAACAGGAAAAGAUUUUAUGAUAUUCACCUUUAUAGGGCUGGUGAAAAGCACACUCUGAAUGUAAUUAUAUUGUUUAACAAGUUAUUGAUUCCUUUUUUGUAAGCUAACAAACUUGAACUGCAUGUGAAAAAUCACUAUUUUUUUUCUGUGUACAUGACUUUUGGUGUGUGUGCAGAUUAAAACAUUUCUGAUAAAUUAAGACACAAAAUCACAAAACUAUUAAACCUGCCAGACUCGAUACCAAUAACACUAAAAUGCUUUAAAAUUUGCAGUGAACAGAUCACAUGGUAAAUAAAAGUAUCUUUUUAAAAGCAGGUUAGUUUUGUAAAUAUUCACAUUUCUAGCAUUUUAGUACUGUUGCUUCAUUCUGGUUUUGACUGUCCCAAGAAAUCCAAAUUUUGAGCAAUCUCUCUCAGUUAGUUAAAAUGUGUUUUGACUUUUUUACAUGUAACCAUACACUGUUGACCCUUUUUGCUGUAUGUACAUGUAAAUCAUUUGUACGCGCAUUUAUGAUUCAAUUGCCUAUAAAGUUCCUAUUUCACAAAAUACAUUUUCUAUUUAUUUUAUAGGAAUAUUGAGGACGUACUUGCUGAAAAAGGAGAGACGGUGAAGAGGGUUUUAGAUAGUGAUUCCCAGGAGUAUUUUAUUGAAGUUGAAAAAAGGGAUGAAGAUGAACAUGGACAAAUCACCAACAACAAUACAGAAAAUAACAAAACCUAA